UCCACAUUCCAAGUGCACGCACAAGUACACGCACACCGCACACCCCCAUAGCCCAUACUGCGAUACUCGAUGAGUCGAUGGUAACAUUCGAGUAGUUCGAAAAAACUGAAAUGCCGUUUUCGGAUAAUGAAGUCUUAGACAAGAUAUUGCAAUCGAUGAAUAAUUAUGAAGGGCCAGUUUCUCAAGAAACCUUAUGUAAUCAUCUCAAAACUCCCCCUAAUCGCACCGUAAUUCGCGUUAACACUGUAGUUACAAGCAAAGAAAUUCUGAAAGAUGACAUUGAAAAAGCACUUGCAGUGUAUGCAUUACAAUGUCAUACAGCAAUAUGACUUUAAAGGAGUUCCUGCUCCAAUUGUCCAAUUUCACAGUAAAAUUGAUGACAUACUAGUUGUGGAGUGCAAUCAGAAAACUGAAAAGGUAGAACCAAUCUACCCACAUGUUAUGGUUGGCUUGGCUUGUGCAGUUGCUGUGUUAAGGGGUGCGAACGUCUAUGCGCCGGGUGUAACAGCCAUUCCCUCUGGAGUUUAUAUUGGCGACAGAGUUUCAGUGUUCGCUGAUAUUUUGGGCCAGUGUAAAAGAGGAUGGAAUAGUGAAUACCAAGGGCAAAAAUUUUUCGUUGGCAAUGGUUUACUAGUGCAAAAUAGGAAAGAUUUGUUCACAGUUGCAGUUCCCAGCGGAUUAGCUAUCAACAUGAUUGAACCACUGUUUGACUGUCCCAGCAUUGGUGAUAUUUUGCAUGAAGAUACGAUAGGUGGAAUCCAAAAAGGAUUUCUACAAAAUCUUCCAUCGGUCUUGUGUGGACAUGCCUUAAAUCUCCAAUCGCAUCAUCUUAUCUUAGACUUAUGUGCUGCCCCUGGGGGGAAGACUACUCAUAUUGGCUGCCUAAUGAAAAAUAAGGGAAAAGUAAUCGCCCUUGACAAAUCAGUGGCAAAAAUUAAACGCAUUCAAGAGAAUUCAACGAAGCUCGGGUUGACCAACAUCACAGCCUUUGCGUUCGAUUCGAUAAAAGCAUACAUCAAAAUACCUGAAAACCAGUUGAGAGGAGUCGACAUUAUAACGGUUCCACCAAUUCCCGAAUCACCACCAUUUCAUCCUUACUCAUUCGAUCGGGUAUUGCUUGAUGCGCCUUGUAGCGCUCUUGGGCAGAGACCGCAACUGUAUAAUCCGAUUCGACUGAAGGAGGUGCAGUCGUUUGCAAGAUUGCAGAAAAAACUCUUCGUUGCGGCUGUCCAGUUGCUGAAACCCGGAGGCCGUAUGGUAUAUAGUACGUGCACUUACAACGUGUCCGAAAAUGAGGAGAUCAUUGAUUGGGCUUUAGGGAAAUUCCCUUUCCUCCGUGUAGUAAGUCCUGAUAUUAAGCUGGGUAAACCAGGAUACAGGGUGGGUCGCUUAACAGAAGAAGAUUGUAUCGCGAUGCAGAGGUUUGGUUGUCCCGCUAGCUGUGGGUCACAGAACGAAAAUUCGGAUGCAAUAGGUUUUUUCAUAUGCUGUUUAGAAAGGAUAAUAUCAAAAAGUGUGUGAAAGUUUUUUACUUGUAAAAUUACUUCAUAUAUGUGUGCUGGGCUUUAUCAACUCAAGCCAAUUUAUGCCGUUUUUUCCCUUAAAAUUUCCAAACUCAGGAAAUAAAUUUGUUGAAACUA